AUGGCGACCAUGUUAUUCAAUCCUCAAACGCCCCAGAGUCCCUCUCAAUUUUCCCCGACCACAGGUGACCAGGUAUCGAGCAUGAACAGCUCUAUGACCUCUAUCACCACAGCUCUGCCGACGCCGGCACAUAGCGUGAACGGAUCUGCCCAGCCAACCGACAUGUCUCACGAUACUGCGGUGGCAGAUGCCUAUUCGGCCAAGCGAAAAUAUCCAUUCGACGAUACCGGAGAUCAUGAGCACAAGAAAGUCAACCUCGAGAAUCGCCGAGUUGGUAUUGAGAACCUGCACCUGGAUGUUGGUGAAAAGUACCUCCUUUGCAGUACUCCUUACUCCACCUCGUACCCAUGUCUAUCGGACGAUUUCUUUGAGAUGUUCGGAUUGACCGGCAUCGCUGCUGAGGUCGCCCGUACAAAGCCCAACGGAGAGAAGAAUGCGCUUCGCAAGACGUAUAAAGGUCAAAUAAAGACUCUAGGACUAAGCGGCCAUUUUGACGCGGUGAAGAAAGAGCUCGAAGCCCCCGAUGGCCUAUUGGCAUUGGCUGGGCUUGACGAAGAUGCAUGGUUCAGUAGGGAAGUAAGCGGGAAGGAGAUUGAGAAAGGAUUGUCGCAAACGCACCAGGCGCAUCUAUCUCGAGCAGCAACGAUGGCCAAAGGUUCCAUACCCAAGGCGGCCUGGGAUAGCUCUGUCCUCGGUGACUUAGCGCCUAGUAUUUUGCCAAAGAAAGCUGGUCUCGAGUCGGCCACGAGACAGACGGCACCCAGCACUCCGGCUGCCUCAGCCCCUGGUAUCACUCCGAAGUCGAACAAGCCGUUGACGCCGCAGAUUGAUCGUGCUCGUCGGAUUGGAAAAAAGCGAAGCUACCAAGACAGCAGCUUUGAAGGAUACGGUGAAGGCUAUGUCGAUGACGAUACAGGCGGAUAUUCAACUGGUGAUGCAGAUGAACGGUCGAAGCUCAAGAGGAGAAAGCAGGUACAUGCAGACCGUCCGUCUUCUGCAAGUCUCUUUGCUGACCGAUGA